AUUUACGCAAAGUGCGUAACGUUGGCGUGCGCGCGCAUUCUGUAUGUGUGGCACGCCGCUUAUCUUUUCGUAACCAAUUACUGAACAUUCAUUAGAUUUAUUAUGAGUUAUAGAGGCGUGUUAGAGACAGUGUAGUAUUCUAGACUGGGGUUGGUUAGUGCUGAAAUUGCCAAAGCGGAAGGAAAUCGUGCACACGCGUUUAUUCAAAACACGCUGGAGAUCAGCAUUUAGUUAUGCGCCUUCGUUUUAUACAGCACCGAAAACUAUAAACAUCUCGAUGCUUAAGACUCGAUGAGGCAAAAAGACAUCGAAGAGGGAAAAAAAGUGUCUAUAGAACAUUUCCGUCAACUUUCUUAGAUGAGAUGGCAGCAUCAGACAGUUUGAUUGUUCUACAGAGCUCUGCACUUGUGGCCCCCGUCACUGCUCUGGAGUUUCUUGGAGAUGACUAUUUAUUGACAGGUGAGGGCCCCAUCCUGUCCAUCUAUUGUCUCCAAGCUUCACCCACACAAUGUGUUUCACUUAGUCUUCUGCAUAACUGCCGUAUCCAUGGAAUACGGCCCAAGCUGCAAAAUAAUGAUGGUCAUGUCACUGUUCCUGAACUGGUGGAACUAGUCAUUUUUGGUGGGAAAGCAGUACGUCUUAUUAAUGUCAAGCCUUAUGGCCUUAGUUUGGAGGUAGCUGGCCCUCUGUUGGAGCUCCAGGAUUGGGUGCUAGAUGUUUCUUGGCUAAGCGGAGAGACCGGAUCAUUACUAGGCAUAUGUCUGGCUCACAACUCUGUGCUUCUUUUAGAGCCACAAUCUGGAAACAUCAUAUCUCUCUGCUCGUGUGUAGAGGUGUGCCUUCUCUACUCUGCACUUCUGAUUGGUCCAAGCUGGGAAACAUCAGUGCUGGUGGGGGGGACUGUCUUCAACCAGCUGGUCCUGUGGAGACCUGGAGGGACCAAAGGAGACAGGCAGUCCCAAGUAGAAAGGCGCUUGCUUGGGCACAGUGGUGUGAUUUUUAGCUUGUGCUACCUCCAGAGUUCCAGAUGGUUGGCUUCUGCCUCAGAUGAUCGUAGUGUUCGUGUCUGGGACGUUGGUGUGCUUGGCGCAGACGGAGGGUGUGGAGUAGAAUCACCAACAUGUCUGCGAGUUCUCUAUGGCCACCAGGCUCGUGUAUUCUGUGUCAGACUCUCACCUGGCUGUGUGUUCAGUGCUGGAGAGGACGGUGCUUGCUUACUGUGGGAGUGGGAAGGGAAUGGUAAAGUUGGUCGAACUUUAAGGGGCCAUAGAUCUGGUGGCAUCAGAGCACUAGCUGUGAGUAAAGGGGGUGGAUGGGUGGCUACAGGAGGGGCUGAUGGGGGAAUACGGGCAUGGAGAGUUUUGGAGGGAACCAGACAGGUGAAGCAAAGCAAAGAGGAAGAUGGCCUGAUAGAUUUGGGCUUCAGUGGGCAAGGUUGUCCUAAGGUUGUGUGUUCAGUAGGAGGUUGUGGUGCUGUGAUUGUUUGCACUGAUCAAGGUGAAGUGUUUUUACACCAGGAUGAAUCGUGGCAGGCUGUUUGGAAUGGUGGUCCAGAAUUUCAGUCUUAUUGUGUGAUGGAAGUAGCACAUGUCCAAUUCCAGGAGGCUUCUUUGUGUUUGUGCGCAGUUGGUAAUAUUAAUGGAGGGGUUCAGGUGUUUGCUGUACACCACCCGAAUUCAGGUGUGUUACUGCAAGCAGGCCAGGGGAAGGUGCACGCUUUGAAAUGGGUGGAAGGGGAUCAUUUGUGUCUGUUGGCUUCUGCUGCUGAAGGACUGGUAUAUAGAUGGUCAGUAGAGGUGGAGGAGAAUGAAUCAGUUCUGGGUUUAAGAUUGGAGGAGCUAAAGUCUUUCCUGUUGCCACCCUGUGCGAAGAGAUGGCUCACUGCUGCAGUCAGACUGCCACAUGGAAACGGUUCAUUGUGGGUGUGUGGAGACCGCCGUGGUUCAUUGCUGCUGUACAGAGAAGGGGAAUUAGAAGUGAGUGAAGUGGGUAGAGAGGACAGAGAAGGAGGGAGUGAGGAAGACCAAGGAGUUUGGAGGAAUGAGAACAGAUGGCCUGAGAGUGCUGUGAAGGACACUGCUGCUCCCAUUUCCCCUGUCAACACACUGUUUGGUGUCCAUGGGAAGCAAGGCGUGACAAGUGUAUGCGAGCAUCGGGGUUUGUUUUAUAGCACCGGUCGGGACGGAUGUGUGCGGGUUCUGACAGUAUGCAGGGACACUCUAAAGGUGCGGCGGGUUCAUCGUGCCAGCAAAGGAAUGGAGUGGCUAGAAAAGGUCCUGUUCUUGGGUUCUGAAAUAUCUGAUGUGUAUGAGGGCAAUGAGAGAAGCAAAGAAGAAAACAGUGAGGAGGAAGAAAAAGUGCUUGAGAAUGGAGGCGCUGACAUAAAAGAGAGAGAUGGUUUGAAAGAUGAAGGCGAAUUGAAGUCCAUGGAAAAAUUUGAAGAUAGCAGGAGUGAAAGUGUUGCAGAGGCCCAUUUUGUAAUGGUUGGCUUCCACUCUAUUCAGUUUGUUUUGUGGGAUCCGUUAAGACGAGAGAAACUAUUCUCAGCGCCAUGUGGAGGAGGACACAGGUCCUGGGCUUACAUUUCCCCUUCUCACUCUCAAACACUCCCAUCCUCACACAGUCUCGGACAAGGUACUCUGAUCUUCAUCAAGCAAGGUGCUCUCAUGGCUUCUCGUUCCUUGACUUCCACAGCAACCCAAGUAAGAGGACACACCCUGAAGGACGGACUUCAUGGCCGAGGUCUGAGUUGCAUUUGUCACCUUGGUAGUGUUUCCAGAGGCAGAGCAUCACCUGAAGAAUGGGAGGUGCUAGUUACUGGUGGCGAGGACACCACAGUGACAGUGCUUGCAGUUGAACUUGGACGUGGCACGGUGAAAGUGCUCACUGUUUUAGCUGACCACAUUUCAAACGUUCGGACACUGACUGCCAUCCAAAGACAAGAAGCAAACAGUGGCGGGAGGACAUCAUCUUCGUUUUCAACACUGCUGUUUUCUGCUGGUGGGAGGGCUCAACUGCAGUGCUACCGGCUCCUGAUUGGCUGGGAUGAGCAGUUGAACCGGCCUGUCUGUCAGGUGACUCAGGUUGCUGGUCACAGAUUGGAUGAGCACUGGGAGAAAAGACGGAAUCGCCACAAGACUGUGAAAAUGGACCCUGAGACAAGGUACAUGUCAAUGGCUGUGGUGCAUGAAAGCACAGAGGAGAUUCUCCUGACUCUGGCCUGCAGCGAUGGAGCUGUAAGGCUUUUCACUGUAGGAGAAGACAGCAGGAAGGUUGAGGUGCUCUGGGAGAAUUUUUACCAUCAGCGGUGUGUGCUUACUGUUGCUUCUUAUAGCCUUGAAGACCCACAGGGCAAGCUGCAUGUGUUGUUGUUUAGCGGGGCUACAGAUGGUGCCGUAGCUCUGUGGGAUCUGACUACAGUGUUGGACAGUAAAUCCAAGGACAGCUGGCACGGUCCAUCUGCUCCAUGCUUCUCUAUCCCUGUUCAUCAGAGUGGAGUAAACACCAUCGUAAUAUCUAAUGAAGCGGGACAAAUGGACAAAGACAUCAUCACCGUGGCUAGUGGUGGAGAUGACGGUCAGCUGUCAGUAAUGAAGAUUCGAGUGCAACUUCAUCAAAAGGUCGUGUUUCCAGAGCUGCUAUCUCAUUGGACUGUAGCGCUAGCACACUCCGCCCCGCUAACAGCUCUGAGCGCUCUUAAUUGUGCAACAUUGUUGACCACGUCUCCAGACCAGCGCGUGUGUGUGUGGCGUGUGUGUUGCGAUGGACUUCAGCACCAAGUGACAACGUUCUCACACACAGCAGAUGCUGCAGGACUCUGUGCCUGGCACAAGAAAGGGUCAGAAUUACAGAGUGGAGACUUUGUGGUAGUUUGUGGACAGGGUUUGCAACUCUUGAAGUUAACGGACAGGAAAGACUCAGAGAGAAGAAGAAAGGAAGAGGAACGACAGAAAGUGAUGUUUGCAGAACGUUUUGUCAGAGUAUAAGCUGUUCAAAUAUUAAAUACUUGAUUCAGAGGAAUGACCAAAGCUCAGUGCAGACUGACUUAUGCUGUAAAUUUUUAGCACCCAAAAUAAAAACGUUUUUAACUUA